AUGGGAGACGAUAAUGAGGAGUACCAGCAUAUUUUCUAUCAGCUCCAUACUCCGGGGCAGUCGCUCACUGACGUAGCUGUAAUCCAGCGUCGAAAGAAUGAUAAGUCUUUGAGUAUUCUGGCCAACCUCCAGAAUGCCAUACACAAGAAUCGUAGCCGACUUUUACAAAACCAUGACGCGGAAGACCUUCGUCUUUAUGCAAAGGGCACAACAGCGGCAAACUAUCCAAACGAGCAACCCCUCGCGAUUGAUGUUUCACUAGAUGACGAGCGAAUUCAGGGAACAUCCACAGCGUUGCCUCUCCUUGUGGUUGUAUCCUCGCCCACGCCACUACUUCCGGCAGCAAACAAUUCGUAUGAUAUGGCAAGCGUGCAUCAAAUGGUACAAGAACUGACUCAAACCGUGAGAGAAGCGACAUCUCUUCUUAAAGUCACGAUUGACGACGAAAGCGCUGUUGCGUUUUCAAAAGUGACUUCUAAAAGAUACAAUCAGGUCAUGGGCUGCAUGAAAAUAAAAAUGAAUACAGCCGAUUGGAAGAACAAGCCGAAGUUGGAUUUGUCCGGUGUGAACUUCGAAUGGGAUUCAACAAAAGAAGAUAGCAAACUAAAUCGCGAUAAGUAUAUGGCGCAUCUCAAAACACAUCUCGAGUUGCCGAAUUCGGUUACGACAUUUGACGGCUCCGAAUCGAAUGAUCUUCUACGCGCAUGGUUCUCUUUCGCUCAGCUGGAACUGAAAGGAAAUGUGGACGUUAUUGUUGUCGACGCGAGGCACAAGCUCAUUCAAGCUGCGAGAAAUCAUAUUUUAAUGGGCAUUGAGUUGAAAAAGACUGGAAACAAAGCACACGAAAAGAUCCAUAGGCAGGUUGUUCUGCAGCACCUUGCUGCAUCUCAAUUGAAUCCAAAUACUGGUGUUCUGACGUUGAUGACAGAUCUAUGCGAUCGUUGGUACUUUUAUUGGUUCAAGGAAUCUACCCCUGAACUUAUGACGUACUCUGCGCUACAAUCGGAAGCAAAAUACCUUAUCGCGCAUUUCUUAGAUGAGCCAAAUAACUCUUUCUUGCCAGAGUCCUUCCUUAGAAGAGGAUCUUGGGAUAGUAUUUUCGGUGCUCUUGAGAGCAUCCAGGAAGAAGGGCAAUCUGAUCAGGGUGGUAGGAGCCCCGAAGGCGGUAGCGACAACGUUAGCAGUAGCGAUAUAGAUGAUGUUGAACGUGAUUCAAAGAAUACUACCAGUGGCGCAGCAGAAGCUGCAAAUACGACGGAUCGACAAAACAAACGAGAACGAAACUCUGGUGCAAAGAAGCAAAUGCAAUUGGGCUUUGCUAGUUCGAAUCUCGAUUUUAUGGAUGAAGAUGAGAGGCGAGACGAAAUAUUCCGUAUGGUGUUGCAGAAUCCGCAUAAUCGCUAUUUGUUUCCCGAACCGGAAGUUGAGACUCCAGGGGAUGUGCCACCACGAGAAAUACUCCUUGGCUGA